CACUGGAUCAAUCGCACGAUAAGAGAAGUGAGUGUCAUUCUUGCCCCGUUAGCGAAUACGCCUCCGGUAUAUAAAGCUGGUCUGCAGAGUUGCCGGCGCCGUGACAGCCGCACACCAACACACACGCGCGGUAUACCAACACAUCUCCACCACGCGCCGCUCCGACACCGAGAGACGCGUCUGAAGUCUCCCAGGAUGAGUUAUACGCUGGAAACUAUAGGGAGCCCGUAUAGGAGGGCGAUGGAUUCUCGGACCUCAUACAGCCGCACCAGCGGAACCCCGUCAAGCGGAUUCCGGUCCCAGUCGUGGUCGAGGUCUAGCCAAAACUCCGCUCUGUCAUCCUCCUACAAGAGGACGGUGAAUUUGCCCGUGUCCCGUGCCUACAGCGCUACCGUGCUUAGCUCCUGCGACAGCGCUGAUUUCACCCAGUCCUCUAUUUUCAAUGGGGACUACAAGCGCUCAAACGAGAAGGAACAACUUCAGGGACUUAACGACCGCUUCGCAGGUUACAUCGACAAGGUGCAUUACCUGGAGCAGCAGAACAAGCAGCUGGAGACGGAAAUCCAAGUGCUGCGACAGAAGCAGGUGUCGCAAUCCCAGCUGGGUGAUAUGUACGACCAGGAGUUGGAGGAGCUGCGCUCUAUGCUGCAGCAGAUUAACCACGAAAAGGCGCAGAUCCAACUCGACUCCGACCAUGUCGAGGACGACAUUCAGCGGCUGAAGGACCGCUUGGAGGAAGAGGCCCGCAUCAGGGAGGAGACGGAAGCCAUCAUCCGCGCGCUGAAGAAAGACAUGGGCGACUCUGUGCUGGCGAAGGACGAGUUGGACAAAAAAGUACAGUCCCUCCAGGACGAGAUUGCCUUCAUCCGCAACAACCACGAAGAAGAGGUGAGCGACUUGCUGGCUCAGGUGCAAGCGUCGCAAGUGACCGUGGAGAUGAGGGAUUUCCAAAAGACCGACCUCACCGAGGCGCUCCGAGAGAUCCGCACGCAGCUCGAGGGCCACUCGUCCCAGAACCUGCAGCAGGUGGAGGACUGGUUCAUGUGCCGCUUUGCCAAGCUGACGGAAGCCGCGGAGCAAAAUAAGGACGCGAUCAAGUCCGCCCGUGACGAGAUCUCCGAGUACCGCCGCCAACUUCAGACCAAAACCAUCGAGCUGGAGUCUGUCCGGGGUACCAAAGAUUCUCUGGAGAGGCAACUAAACGAAAUCGAGGACAGACACAACAAUGACCUUGCCAGCUAUCAGGAGACAAUUCGCCAACUGGAUAAUGAGCUGAAGAGUACGAAGUGGGAAAUGGCCCGUCAUCUGCGCGAAUACCAGGACCUGCUGAACGUUAAGAUGGCCCUGGAUAUUGAAAUCGCAGCUUACAGGAAGCUUCUGGAAGGAGAGGAGACCCACUUCAGCUCGUUCUCCGGCCCCACCUCCUACGCUUACCGCCAGCCCGUCAAAGUCAAGGAGACCACCAAGCUGAAGGUCCAGCACAAGUUUGUGGAGGAGAUCAUCGAGGAGACGAAAGUGGAGAACGAGAAGGCCGAGAUGGAGGAAGCCCUGGCGGAGAUGGCGGAAGAGCUGUCUGCAGUGCUGGCCAAGGGAGAGGAGGACGGAGAAGAAGAAGGAGAAGGAGAGGGAGAGGGAGAGGAAGCAGAAGGAGGGGAGGGGGAAGCUGAAGGAGGAGAAGAAGAAAAAGAAGAGGCAGAGGCAGAAGGAGAAGGAGAAAAGGAAGAGGGGGAGGGGGAGGUGGUGCCUUCCAAAGUAACCGCCAGCCCUCCUGGAGAAGAGGAGGAGGCCGGAGAGAAGGAAGGAGAAGCAGAGGGGGAGAGAGAAGGGGAUGAAGGAGAGAAGGAGGGAGAAGGCGAAGCCGGAGAGGGGGAGGAGAAAGGAGACGAGGCUGAGGAAAAGGGUGAGGGGGCAGAGGAUGAAGGGAAAGAUGAGGAAGAGGAGAAGGCUGAAGCCACAGCGGAGGAGGCUGCCCAGAGCCCCAAGGCCUCUCCAGAGAAGGAGAAGAAGGGAGAGAAAGAGGAGGAGCAAGGAAAGGACGAUAAGGGAGCAGGCAAAGCAGAAGAACCCAGCGACAAAGUGCCUAAAGAGGAAAAGAAGGACGAAAGUGCUAAGGCUGUGAAAGAGAAACAGGAGGAAGAGAAAGAACCAGAAAAACAGAAAGAGCCAGAGAAAGAGAAGGAGACAGUGAAAGAGAAAGAACCAGAAAAACAGAAAGAGCCGGAGAAAGAGAAGAAGACGGUGAAAGACAGAGCACCAGAGAGACCAAAAGAACAAGAGAAACCAAAAGAAGCAGAGAAAGAGAAAGAGCCAGAAAAACAGAAAGCAGAGAAGGAGGAGAAGAAAAAGGAGGAGAAAGCAGGAGGUGUUGCUCCCGCCAAAGAAGCCAAAGCAAAGGAGGAGCCGCCUAAACCCGCCGCCGCCAAAGAGGAGAAGAAGAGCGCUCCGGAACCGGCCGCAGAGAAGGAGGACGAGAAGAAGGACGAGAAGAAGGACGAGAAGAAGGACGGAGACGCGGAUAAGGGAGGACCGGACGAGGAGGACAAGAAGCAGCAGGUGAUCACCAACGGCGUGGACGAGAGCCCCACCAAGGACGAGCCCGCCCAGAAGGUGGUCAUCACCAAGACCGUGGAGACCAUCACCACCGGCGAGGACGGCGCCAAGCACGUCACCAAGCACGUCACCGUCACCCAGACCGUGGAGGAGACGGGUGCCACCGUGCAGGAGAAGGUGGUCUCCUCCAAAAAGGUGGAGAAGCAAGCCACCCAGGUGGUGAAGCAAAUCACAGAAACCGAGUGAGCGAGCAGAGAGACGGAGAGAGCAAGGAAGGGAGGGCGGAGGAGUCUGAGGAACGCGACAAAUUAAUCAAAUCAAGAAAUAGCAUAACAAAGAAACUCACCGAAUAACUUCAUCGAAAUUAGAAAGAUUUACUCAAGAUAUUCACUCAGAAACAAAACAAAACAAAACAAAAAAAAAACAACAAAAAAAAAAAAAACAAAGAUUCAAGAAGCAUAAAGGAAGCCAUAAAGAUGCGUCAAGCUAAAAAUCAAAACUGCAUGCCGAGCGACAGCUUUAAACGGGCUUUACUGCAGAUGCGAAGAGUAGACGCGGAGUCAGACAUUUAUUUCCCUUCUUUUUGUUUCGUUUGUUUGUUUGUUUGUUUGUUUUGUGCAAUACGUAGGAAGGGAGUUUGAGUCAAGGGCGUCUGCAUGCGAGCUCAGAGAAGGAGACCCUCCGUAGAGCUGGGGAGAAGGAAACGUGCUGUGCGUCGGCACGAACCGUGGAGCGUGCCGAGAGAACACCGGGGAACAGUGGGAGAAUGAGAGACGUGAGAUUGUAAUGAGAUUAUAUUUGAUAUGGGGGGGGGAGGGGGGGGGGGGGUUAAGGGUGAUAUGGGCUUGGGUGGGAGAGUCCAAAAACAUGUUUGUAGAGAAAUGUUAUUUAAAAGAAGUUGCCUUAUGAAAAGAACCCAACUGAGCCAUAUAUAUAUAUAUAUAUAUAUAUAUAUAUACAUAUAUAUAUACAAUACAUUACAAGAAGGGUGAGGUAAGAUGAUAAGUUGAGUACACAAACCUGAAGCAAAUAACCAUGGAAACCGGAAAAAAAACUCCUAGCCUUAAAAUGCUGUCUGUCCUUGUUUAUGUUUAUCAUAUGAGUGCAAUUAAAAGAUUAACAGGAAAACACGCAAAAACACGUUCAUGUAUGCAUAGAAUGAACCGAUCCACAUAAAUGAGGUGCUACUGUUUGCAACCCUUGUCUUUACUCGCCAUGAACAUUUCUCAGCUGCACCAACUCAAUAAAGCGUGAUACUGGAAUCCUG